AAGGGGCGGAAUGUGACGGUCAUGUUUGCCAAUGCUGGUGAAGGGGAGGGAGGGAAUUUGGAGCUGUGGGUGGAAGAUGGGGAGAAUGUAGCCAGUGUCAAGGACCAGAUCCGACACCUCCGUCCAACCCUUUUGCCCAACUCCCUCAAGCUCAUCCAUGCCGGCCGACUCCUCACAGACGGUAUCCUUCUCGUACCUUGCCUUCGAUCGCUGGAAGAGCGCGUCCGGCGCCAGGCAAGCGGGAUGGGCGGGGACACUGGAAGGGGGCGGAAAGACAGAGAAGAAGCGAAGGUGUUUUUGCAUUGUACAGUCGGGCCGAAGGAGGGCGAGGCGGAGCGGAGAGCUGAGGAGGAUGAGGUGAGCUUCAAAUCCCCGAGUGCACCGAGGAGAAGAGGAUUUGACGUGCUUCUAGAUGCGGGGUUGUCCCAAGCGGAUGUAGCGCAAAUGAGGAGGCAAUUCUACGAGAGUCGAGGCGAAGAGGUACCGGAGGGCCUUGAGAGGGGUGAUGUUGAUGACGAGCACGCCCGAGCUCUCGAGGAGCAAUGGAUCGAAGGAGACCUAACGGCGGAUACAGCAACAACCUCAUCGGAUGGGAUGUACAGCUCCAUCAUGAACGGCCUUCUCACCGGCUUCUUCUACCCCAUCCUCCCGGUCUUCUUCUUCCGCGAAGUACCCCUCCCAAACUUCUUUGAUGCCGAGGCCGAA